AUGGCCCUGCCCUGCUCCUUCUUGGUGGCCCUGGUGAUGCUCAGCUGCCCCUCCCUCGGCUCUCUGGGAUGUGACCUGUCUCAGGACCACGGCCUGCUGCACUGGAGGGCCUUGAUGCUCCUGCGACAAAUGAGGACACUGUCUGCUAGCUCCUGUGACAAGUACACAAACGACUUUGGCUUCCCCCAGGAGGUGUUUGAUGGUAAGCAGCUGCAGAAGGCUCAAGCCCUCUCUGUCGUCCAUGUGACGAACCAGAAGACCUUCCACCUCUUCUGCACAGAGGACUCACCUGCUCCGUGGAACACGACCCUCCUGGAGGAAUUGUGCUCGGGACUUUCUGAGCAGCUGGGCCACCUGGAAGCCUGUCCCCUGCAGGAGGCGGGGGUGGGAGAGACACCCCUGGUGAAUGGGGACUCCAUCUUGAGGAACUACUUCCAGAGAAUGCCUUUGUGGUUAAGAAAUUUGUAUAUGUUUUAC